CUGAAAACAGGUGCAUCAUGUGUAGAGCAGAGGCACACAAGCUAUUCUCCAGGAAACCGAUAUUUGAUGCACUUGGGAUUCAACUAUUUGCAGUUGUUCACGAGCACAUAGAGUCAGAGGUCAAAGAUUUCUGGCCUCGAUACUGGGGUGGCGUUGUACUUUUUGAUCGGGGUAGAGAUUUCUUCAAAGCUCUUGGAGGGGGAUACUUGCUCAAGGAAAAGUUUUUCUCAGGAUUUAUUGAGAGGAACUUUGGUGAUUGGGCACCUCUAGCUGAAGUCAUCGAGAUUUGUACCCAAUUGCAAGUAAUAGUUCUUUGAAUCAAAUUU